AUGAUGCUUGACAAUAAAAAGGUAAAGAGUAUCUUUAGCAAAAAAAAAAGUAUAGAUUCUCAUUUAUCUAGGUUCUUUUAUGCAUGGGAUGAUACAUUGAAAUCAUUAAACACUAUAUUUGAAGAUAUAAAUGCAUUGAAUUAUCUAUAUAAUGCUGAUAAUAAUCAAAAGUUCAUAAAAGUUGAUGAUCAUUUAGACAAUAACCAAAAAGAUCCCACAAUAUUUAAUGUGAUGCCCUCAACAUCUGAAAAACUAUAUUCAAAAAAAAUUAAUUGUAAGGAUGAUGCAUUUUUUAUUGAUGAUGAAACUAAAAAAUGUGUUAAAAUAAUGCCAAUAUCAUUAUUUAAUGAUUCAAAUAAAUAUGUAUUUAAUUCCCAAAAUUUACAAUUAAUAAUUGGAAAUAAAUGUUUAGUAAAUGUUUCUCCAUGCAAUUCCUUGCCAGUGAAUGUCACCUCUUCAAAAUCUUUUCUACCGCUUGAUAAUAAAUAUAGUAAACAGUGGUUUGAAGGAGUUAUUGACAAAAUUAAAUUUGAUAAAUAUGAUCAGCCUCUAUUUAAAAUCAAAAUAUCUAAUUUUGAUGAGCAAAGGAAACUAACCGUCAUUACCACAUGGUUGAAUGCCAGCAACUUAGCUUAUGUAAGUUACCCAAAUUCAUCUCUACCUAUAGGAACACGCAUAGUGUCAUUGCACCCCAAACUAUCAAAUAAAAGUGCAAGACAUGGAUUAAAGUUAGCUACGAUUUUAGAAUCAUUAGGAGCUCGAAAUAAAAAUAGGUAUCUUGUUAUGUUUGAUGAUUGGGUUUUCACCUACGUUUUACCCACAAAUAUAUAUCUAAUCGCCAAUUUUAAUAAGAUAGAUGUGAUGGAAUUAUGGAGAGAAAUACCUACUAAUGCGAAGUAUUUUGUGAAGAUGUAUUUAGAAAAAUUUCCUGAAAGAGCCCUUGUUCAUUUAAGGGUUGGGCAAAAAAUUAAUGUAAAAUGUGGUAAUAGUUGGUCAGCAGCACAAGUUAUUGAAAUAGAUGUCAGUUUGGCAAAAUUUUAUUUAGAAGCCCUCGAUAAAUAUAUAUGGAUGUAUCGAGGAUCGUUUCGGUUGGAACCAUUGUACAAGGAAAUAAGUUUGAAAAAUUUUAAAAAUGUUAAUAGAAGGCGUCAUUCUCAUGUGAAUCGUAAUAAGAAUUCUCCUUAUGUAGAAUAUAGUUUUAUAAAUACUGCACCUUUAGAUGAGAACUUAUAUUCUAACGAAAGUUCUGACUGUAAAAUUAUCAAUAUACCAAAGGACACACAAGUUUUACACCAAAAUUAUGUGCACAACAAUAUAUUUGAUACAUGUUUUUCGCCUCAAUUAAUAUCUAAAAAUAACUACUAUGUUUGCAACCAUGAAUGUGCAUCAUUAUUGGGAAAAGAACUAGAAACAAAAAACAGAAUUUCAAAAUAUUGCUUUAGUGAUUUGGCCAAACCAUUGUUAGUUGGUUGGGGUAGAUGUUUUGAGGAUUUGUGCUAUUAUGUUACACCUUCUUGUGACAAUCCUUUACAUUUCCGUACCAAACUUUAUUCCAUUGAAGAAAUUUUUGAAUUUUUGAUAAAAACGUCAAAUACUACAUCAACUUUGACUAUCGAUAAUUUUACCUUCGAACCGUUGUUUAUUAAUGUUAUCGAAUUAAAUAGGUUUCCCUUUUUUUAUGAUUCGCGUUUUACCAUACUUAAUUUGGAUAUAACGGAGGGCAAAGAGCGCGUUCCAAUAUCUUGCCUCGUUCAAUCCACUAUCAAAAAUACAAAGCUUCCCAACUUUAUAUACGAUCCAAAACGCAUACCUUCCCCCGGAGUUACAUUUGAUAAUGGCCCAAGCUUUUUGGUUGGCUGCGAUUGCUCAGAUGGCUUUUGUACCGAUUCAAAGGCGUGUGCUUGCAGAUCCUUGACAUUUGAAUCACUUAAAUGCGCCGAAAAAUUUCUCGAAGUGGAUGACGACUCUCAUAAGCAUACACCUUCUAGAACUGUUGGUUACAAUCACAAAAGACUGAGCAAUAAAGUUUUGACCGGUAUAUACGAAUGCAAUCCCAAUUGCAAAUGCAGUCACUUACAUUGCUCAAACAGAGUUGUGCAAAAUAAUAUAGGCGGCGCGCGUUUGCAAAUAUAUUUAGAUCCACACAAGGGGUGGUGUUGUCGCACGUUGGAUGAUAUACCGAAUGGAGCUUUUGUAUCGAAUUAUAGUGGAUAUAUUUUGACGGAGGAGAUGUCCGACUACUAUGGGCUACAGUCACCAGAAGCUGACGAAUAUUUUGCCGAUUUAGAUUUUAUUGAAUGUGCAGAAAAUGGUGGCGCUUCUGAAAUCGAAUCAGACGAUGGUCUCUUUGAUGAUGAAGAAGAUUUAUAUGUUAUAUGGGAAGAAAAAAAGAAUAGGCCAGUAAAAAAUUUGGGUCAUCUUAAGGCACUCGCGAAAUUUAAAGAUAUGCUCGAUGAUUACGUCGAAAGCGAACAAGAAAUAAAGAUAACUUAUUCAAAUGUGCCCGAAUCAACAGACAACAUAUUUCAAAAAAAAUUAACCCCAGAAUUUUCACCCUUGGGUGAUAAAAUCACGAAUACCAAAAAUACACGCUAUUUUUGUUCUGGGCAAAAUGGGCUCUACGUUUUGGACGCUAAACGUAGGGGUAAUGUGGGCCGAUUUUACAGUCAUAGUUGUGAGCCCAAUAUGUUUGUUCAAAAUGUUUUUGUUGACACCCAUAAUCUAUGUUUCCCUUGGAUCGCAUUUUUCGCUUCUACCAAUAUAAAGGCUUAUGAAGAACUAACUUGGGAUUAUGGUUAUCAAGUAAACAGUACCGGGAAAAUGAUCAUUUGUAAAUGUGGUUCCGAAAAUUGUAGAGGAAGAUUAUUAUAGUGUAGUAUUUUUUGUGCAGUUGAUUGUAAUUAAU